UCCUGUUGGCGCGGUUGGCGCUUUUCACCGCAUUUCCUUCUUCAUCGUACCGGUGCAAUUGUUGCAAACAAUCUCCCACGGUUUCACAAUUUUUGUGUGUAAUUUUGUCUUCAACUACUGGAGAAUAUUUGCUGAUUAAAACCCAAUAAUAACCACAAAUCAUGACGAAAGUCGCUGGAACUCCGAAAAGUGCACCAUCAACGCCAAAUCCUAAAAAGACUCCAGGCGGAGUCCAGAAGAAUAAAACUCCCAAAUUUAAAAAUACUCCUACAGGAAAAGUCCCUAUUAUCAACGGAAAAACUCCUAACAAGAAUCACAAUACCCCCAAAGGAACUCCACUCGCAGAAUCCAAUGGAUUUCCAAAAACACCCAAAUCCAAUCCAAAUACACCGAAAGGAGGAAAGAAAUCUCUCCCUGUAACUCCUUCCGUGAAACAGGACCCCUCGCCCAAAAAAGGAUCCACUCCAAAGAAAGGAGUCACCCCUAAAAAAGAAAUCACUCCUAAAAAAGAAGCCUCUGUGACUCCUAAAAAAGGAAGUUCUGUCAAGAAACCCACCUCAGAGAAAAAAUCUGCACAGAAGGUCAAACAAGAAGUUAAGGAAAGUCCGAAGAAGAAGAAGAAACUGAAUCUUGAUGCUGACAAAUCCAACGACAGCAUCAACGAAGGUAUUUCACUAAAUGAAGAGUCCGAUGAUGACAUUGAGGAUGAGAUUGAUGAUGAUUCCGACGCGGACGUUCCCGAUAUUCUGGGACCAAGUCUAAAUGAAGAUUCUGACGAUGAUGAUGAAGAUUUUGAUGAUAGCGAUGAGCCGAAGGAAAAUAAAGGAGUGAAAAUGUUUAAGGGAUUGAAGAAGGAUGCUGCGGAUUCAGAUGAUGAUGAUGAUGAUGAGAGUGAUGAUGACGACGAUGAUGAUGAUGAUGAUGAUGAGAGUGAUGCUGAUGCAGCGAUGGAUAAUUCGAAUUCUCUUCUUGAUCAAAGCGAUAGUGAUGAUGAUGACGAAGAUGAAGAUGAUGAUGACGAUGAUGACGAUGAUGAUGAUGAUGAUGAUGAGGACGAUGAACCUGGAGUGGGGUUAAAAGAUCUUUUAGGAGACAGUUUAAACGAGGACGAUGACGACGAUGAUUUUGAUGAAGAAGCCGAGGAUGACGAUUCAAGCGACGAUGAGAAAACUCCGAAGACUAAAAAAGCGAAACUCGAAAGUUCAAAGUCGACUGAAGAUGAUGAGGAUGAUGAAGAUGAUAGCGACGAUGAAGAGUCGGAAAACGAAUCGGCUCUUGGCCUGGAAGCUCUCUUAGGAGAUAGUUUGAAGGAUGACGAUGACGAUGAAGAUUUUGAGGAGGACGGCGAAGAUGGGGACGACGACGACGACGAUGACCUGAGCUCUGAUGAGGAGGAAACUCCGAAAAAAGUUAACAAGAAGGCGAAAGUUGCGAGUGACGACUCUCGUGUGGAAGAUGAUGAGGAUGAUGAAGAUUUUGAGGAAGGCUCUGACGACGAGGGUUCUGAUGACGAGAGUCCAAAGAAGGAAAAGACAGGCAAGAAAAAGAAGGUCCCGAAGAGUGAACUAAACGAAUCGACAGAGUCGAAUUUGACUGUCGAGGAAAGAUCAGAGCGAGACAAGAGGACCGUGUUUGUCGGAAAUAUUCCGAAAGAUGCGACCAAGUUGAAAGUGAAGAAACUGUUCAGGCCAUUUGGUGUGAUUGAGACUGUGCGUGUGAGAGGAAUAGUCCCGGAAAAUCCCAAACAUAGCUUCAAAGCAGCGUCCAUCACCGGAAAAACUCAUGCGAAAGUGACCUCUGUUUGGAUGUACGUCACUUACAAAGAAGAGGAGUCUGCGAAGAAAGCGUUGUCGAUGAAUGGAAAGAAGUUGGAUAAUAAUAUCUUGAGGGUUGAUUCUGCUUAUGAUCAGGUGGAAAUUGAUCCGAAGAAGGGAGUUUUCCUAGGAAAUUUGCCUUUCGAGUGUGACGAGAACACCCUGUGGAAUCAUUUCAGCGAAUGUGGACCGAUCGAGUCGGUUCGACUUGUGAAAGAUCGCAAAUCUGGAAUGAAUAAAGGAAUCGGCUACGUCAACUUUAAAUCUUCAGACGCAGCCGUUCUCGCCCUCGAGCUCAAUGGUUCCAAAAUAAAAAAUCGUGGAAUUAGGGUUUCUCCUUUAAAAAGCGACGGCAAAAAGAAGCAACGAAUGAACAAGGGAAGGAAAAGGUCUCUGUCUGCAGGUUCCGAGAAAUCUCAAUCACCGAAAAAACUGAAGGAGGGCGAAGAUGCCGUGGCAGUCACUACCCACAGCAGUAAGAACGCAGAAUUCCGGAAGCAGAAGAAGAACAAGAAACGUUCUCAGGGCGAAGCGCAGAGGGUAAAAGUUGAGGGUAAAAGUCCGCAAAGCGAGUCUUUCCAGGGGCAGAAAGCAGACCAGAAAAAGAAGCAGAAGAGCAGCAAAUUCGAGAAGAAGAAGAAGCUGAUGGCUGAAAAGUUAACGGCGAAGUCGAAAAAACAGAAAACCGUUUAAAGUAUUUAACUUUUUGUACUAAUUCGUUUUUACGUUUAUUUUAUACUCGUUUGUAAGGUUCCUACUUUUCAUAAAGGAUAAAUUAGUUGAGCGUUGCAUGCGAUUGGAAGAAUGCCUGUGUUGUAUAUAAUUAUAAAAGACUGUCCGAGAAAAUCAAUCGGGAUCCAAUGAUUGGUGGUAACAAAUGCGGUAUUCAAAAUACCGCGAAAUGUAAUUUUUAAUUUAAAUUUGAACGAUUUGACGAAUUCGUUUAAUUAGGUAAUUACAAAAAGCGUCCUCAAUUAAAAUAUGUAACUUGUUUGUUUAAAGCUGUUUACUGACACGCAAGAGCAAACAUUUGGAAUAAAGACGUUUCUAUCAGAA